AUGUUAUCGCCACUCAUUGGACUUCACUGGCCAACCAACCAAACUUGGACUGAUGCUGACCAGGCAGAUUGGGAAGCAGGGUUAGCACGGGUAACUGCGAAGUGGUUGAAGCUUUGUGAUAGCACCAUCGUAUGGUCGGCUAAGGUUCUUACAAAAUGUGUCAUGCCUCAAGUCCUUCGUGGUAUCAAAGCCACUGCGAAAGAAGAAUCUCGUGGUGCAGUCGGAACAUUGCAAUGUGAUGGCUGGACUGGCGAGAAUAGCCAUCAUUUGCUUGGUUUUACGAUGACUUUGCAUGCUAUCCGUGUCCAUGAUGCAUCAGGUGAUUCACGCAAUGCUGAAGAACUCCUCAAGCAGAUUAUCAAAUCGAUAGACCAAGUCGAGAGCGAGUGGGGAGUGAUUAUUAUUGCAUGCACUACUGAUGCAUCUGGAGAGUCUCGUAAGGCUCGGCGACUCCUUCGUGCAAAGUUUCCGCACUUGGUAACACCUGACUGUCUAGCUCAUCAGGUAGGUUGUUGA